AAGGUUAGGUGACUCCCAAAACGUGGAACACGAAAAAGCACUGAAUGUCAGAUCUAUCUUGUACUUAAUGCUAUUGUUAUUACAUAUAUAAAUAAAGGACAGUAUCAGUAAAAAUCAAUAUUUAAAAUUAUGUCACAAAUCAAAGAAGGUGGAGAAAAUCAUGGACAUUGCUGUACUAAGAAGAUUAACAUCGAUGAUAAGAGAAAAGAGAUCGUGGAUAUUACAGAUCAAAGCAGUGAAAUUUUACAACAGUUUCGAGCAUAUGCGACUGAAUUAGAUAACAAACAUGAUCGUUUUGAAAGGAUUGUAAAAUUUGGCAGAGAUAUUACUAUAGAAAGUAAAAGAAUAAUUUUUCUUUUGCACACCAUAGAUAAAAAAGGCAAACAGGAAAGUGUGCUACGUGAAGCUGAUAUGAGAUUGCAAAAAGUUGCGAGAUCCCUUUUUAAAUCUAUUGCACAUGAAUUAGAAGGUCAAGAUCCAUACCUCUAUCUUAAAGCUUAUCGUAAUGGUUUGGAAGAAUAUAUAGAAGCUGUUACAUUUUAUCAGUAUCUAAAAUGUGAUAAUAUGAAAAGUUGGUUAGAAAUAGAAAAAACACUUACUUAUAAAAUUUCUGAGAUUAAUAAUGUUAAAACCAUACAGGUUUUAGUCAGUCCAUAUGAAUAUAUCUUGGGCAUUGCAGAUCUGACUGGAGAACUAAUGCGUCUGUGCAUCAAUAACUUGGCAACAGGAGACAGAGCUAGUUGUUACCAAACAUGCAAUUUUGUUAGAGAUAUGUAUACAUGUUUUCUUGGUUGUACAAAUGCUUCAAAUAGGUUAGUGAAUAGAAAGCUUUGCACACUUGAACAAAACCUCCAUAAAAUAGAAAAUGUUUGCUAUACGGUUAAAAUAAGAGGUUCAGAAAUACCAAAACACAUACUUGUGGAUCUAGUUAAUGAAGAAUAUGCAGACAGUGAUGAAAGUUAUCAUGCCUAUUAAAAAACUUAAAAAAAAGAAAAAAAGAAAAAAAAAGAAAAAAAACAUCAACUUUGAAAAUAAUCACAAAUAUUCCAUAAUUACUUUUAAGUAGUUUAUUCAAUAUUGUUUUUAUACGUUUAUAAAUAUAAAUGAGAUAAUGUUGGUAUCAUGUUA